AUGCCGGGUGGGAGUAUAUUUGAACCAAAAAAUGUAGCGUUUGGCGCGGCUUUACCGCUCACAUUUUUUUUCUCCUGGCUCGGUUUGGGCACCAUCCCCAUACCCGUAUAUCCACUAUUCGAUUUACCAUUAAUAGUCUUUCUUGUUCGUGCUACAAAAACCUUAUUAUACGAUGCAAUGUUAUUUUGUUUCUUAGCAUUUAGUAUUGGUUUAUCCUACAGAGACUUUUCAUACGAUGCCUUAGCUUCACCCUUCGAUAAUUUAGCAGUAAUUGCGUUAAUAGGAAGCGCCAUAGCAUUCUUAACAAUCCUACCAGCAUACAUCGAAAAAAUUAUCAAUGAGAAAUAUAAAAAGUCUAAUUUCUUUUUAUUUGCUGGCCUUUGGAUGGCCACAUGGCUAAGCUACCGUAGACACUCGCCUUUUGGCUCUUGGGGGGACUGGGCAUAUACGAUACAGGGUACCGGUGAUGCGUUAACGCAAUCUGCAUCGAUCCUUGGACUUAGCGGUAUUGACUUUUUACUUGCGUGGUGGGCGCAUGUCGGUGCCGAAUUUUUAAAUGAAUUUACGAAUGCUGGUGCUGGCCAAGAUGAUUUGAUUUCUUUUGGAGACGACGACGAAGGCACCCCGUUAUUAUCACGUGAUCAAAAAGAAAUUGCGGCGCAACGCUCACGUAAAAAGAAAAUUCUUUCGUUAUUUGCAUUCCUCGCCAUUUAUACGUAUGGAGCAUCUCGGCUAAACGAAAUUGAGAGCAACACGGAACCAUUGAAAACGUUUAAGGUAGCAUGCGUUUUAUCCUCACCAAACAUCGAUGAAACACCAAGUAGUGCAAUGAUUAAGCACACGGCAAAAUUAGUCACGCAAGCAAAGUUAGUAUUGUGGUCUGAAUCUGCAGUCCCGCUAAGUUCCAUUCAUGAAAUGGAAUUAUUAUUAACUGAAAUUAAGAAUUUAACGAAAAAGCAUCAUUCUAACGUUGGCGUAACAUAUACCAUCCCAACUACGGACAAUAAACGUCUAAACGUAUUGUCUUUGAUAGACAGAGAAGGUAAUAUUAUCUUUAAUUAUACCAAAACCUACCCCGUACCAAUCGCAGAAGGGUAUUCCACAAAAUCAGGUCCUGGAAUACUGCCACUGGAGGAGAUCGAUGUUCGAGAACCAAAGGCACAUGUUCCAUUGCUUCUCAAUGUCAGCGCAGCUAUUUGUUUUGACAUGGACUUUCCGUCCCUUCUUGCGCAAGCUGCGAACGCAAAUUUGGUGCUUUCACCAGCACAAACUUGGUCUUCGCGAAUAGGCCUAGAACACUUACGUAUGGCCAGUGUACGAGCAAUUGAGCAAGGAUUUUGGCUAUUACGUUGUGAUGCUGGUGGUGUAAGUGGUUUGGUUGAUGAUGCUGGACGGAUAAGAAAUUGGCAAGUCGCUUCAAAAGGUGGUGUUCAGGAUUUUCUAUGGGAUUUGCCCUUAACUGAAAAAAGAACGACUAUAUAUUCUCAAUACGGCGAUUGGGCGUCAUUGGCCAUUUUGGCAUUGAUUGCGUUGUUAACGGUCGCGCCAGGAAGAUACGUGGAAAAAACCGAGCAACAAAUUGACAAUUUAUUUGCAAAUACAUAUAAGAAAAUAUUGGAUACGCUGCCACGUGGUUCGCAAAGAAACGCGAAUUAUUAA